UCACAGAGCAGAUCGGAUACUCACAACAGGAGAGAGAGAAUGGAGAACAAGAAUUCUACGGCGACGAUGACCAUGGACGCCGGCAGGAAAACCGUCGGAGCAGGGAUGUCGGCGAUGGAAGCGUUCGAGAAACUGGAGAAAGUUGGAGAGGGAACUUACGGCAAAGUUUACCGAGCGAGGGAGAGAGCGACUGGGAAGAUUGUGGCCUUGAAGAAAACAAGGCUCCACGAGGACGAAGAAGGCGUCCCUCCUACCACUCUCCGCGAGAUUUCCCUCUUGCGGAUGCUCUCUAGGGAUCCUCAUAUCGUCAGAUUGAUCGAUGUCAAACAAGGACAAAAUAAGGAAGGGAAGACGGUUCUGUAUUUGGUGUUUGAGUAUAUGGAUACUGAUCUCAAGAAAUUUCUGCGUAGUUUCCGUCAGACUGGAGACAGCAUCCCUCCCAAGACUAUUAAGAGCUUGCUUUACCAGCUUUGCAAAGGAGUUGCUUUCUGCCAUGGCCAUGGUGUUCUGCACAGAGACCUGAAGCCCCACAAUCUUCUGAUGGACCGCAAGACAUCAAUGCUUAAAAUUGCUGAUCUGGGGCUUGCAAGAAGCUUCACUCUGCCUAUCAAGAAGUACACUCAUGAGAUAUUGACCCUUUGGUACAGGGCUCCUGAGGUUCUUUUGGGAGCUACUCACUACUCAACAGCAGUGGACAUGUGGUCUGUUGGUUGCAUAUUUGCUGAGCUAGUCACACAGCAAGCUAUCUUCGCUGGAGAUUCUGAGUUACAACAACUGCUGCACAUUUUCAGAUUGCUGGGUACACCAAAUGAACAAGUCUGGCCAGGAGUGAGCAAGCUGGUGAAUUGGCAUGAGUAUCCACAAUGGAAGCCCCAACCACUCUCAUCAGCUGUCCCCAAUCUGGAUGAAAAUGGACUUAACUUGCUAGCUGAAAUGUUGCAUUAUGAACCAUCAAGAAGGAUUUCAGCAAAGAAAGCCAUGGAACAUCCUUAUUUUGACGAUUUAGACAAAUCGUAUCUUUAAACAGCAAUCCGGCUGGGUUGUUUUAUGAUUGUAGUGAGCAAGUUUAUCUUGACUUUAGGAUAACAGAGUUCAAGAACCCUCAAAUUGCUUGCCUUAAGCAUAUUACAUUUUUCUUUAAUUUCUUGAAUGAAUAUUGUACUGCUAUUGGGUUUAGUAGGUGCACUGAAAAUGUGAUAAUUCCUUCUACGGAGGGUUGGGCUUCCUGUAGUAAAUAGUCUACAUUUUGGACCAGGCUCAUAUUAUAUAUAUAUGCUGAUUUUGAGA